AUGGAAGAUAAUUUAUGCAAGAGAAGAUCAGAGAUCUCAAGAAGCUCAUCGGUGGGAGUUUCUUCAAGACUCUUCUAUUAUUACCAUCAUCGGAGUCUUGAUGAUGGAGUUCCUUUCAAGUGGGAAAUGCAGCCUGGAACUCCGAUCAAUCCUCCCCCUCAAGAAAUCGUUCCUCCGAUUACUCCUCCUCCUGCGCACCUUAGUCGUAGCCUCACUAAACCUUCGUUUGGAGAAACAAAUAAACGUUCUCGUUUUACGGGCAACGUUAGGCUUUGGGGCUGGAAGAGUAUUCGUAACAGAUAUUUCUCUAAAUGGUCAAACCAAAGCAUGCCUAGUCGAGAUUAUAAGAAUGCUCGUCAAGGUGGUUGUGGUGAAGUGGAGAGAACUGAGGAGUACAGAUCGAGCUCAUCUUCUUCUUCGUUGUCAUCUUCCUCCAAAGAUCGGAGAUAG